UAAAGAUCUUCGAGGUGGAACACGCGCCACGAUCCUCUGUUCUAGGGUUUAGGGCGAAAGAGGAAUGCCAUGGCGCUGACAGCUCUUUCCUCGGCGCAUCUCCUGUCGAUUGGCUCGACUUCGCGCUCGGGACUGCUCCGGAGGGACGGCAUUGACGAUUCUUUCGAUGGACAUUGCGCGCUUUCCCAGACGGCGAUCAGAAGAGCGAGGCAGAGCUUUGGAGAGGCCGAUAGAAAGCCAAGGGAUGUGAGAAUUCGAGCUCAAGCAUUGUCGGAUGCAGCACAAAAAUCGGAAUAUCGUAAUAUCGCGCAAAUCAAUGAAGCUAUUAGGAAGGCUGAGUCAGUGCCAGGAGCGCUUAAGAUCCUGGAAGAAACCAAGGCCGCCGGAGUGCACACUCCAAAUGAAGCAACAUAUGCAUCGCUCAUGCUAGCUUGUAGAAAGCUUGGCCAAGGAGAACGCGCACUUACCAUCUACGAGGCCAUGAAGCAGACCAAGGAACCAAUAAGUAUUCGAACUUACAACACUCUGAUCUCUUGCUGCCAACAAGCUCUUCGUAUGGAUGAUGCGUUCCGGGUGAAGAAAGAGCUCGAAGAAGCGGGAGUGAAACCGGAUGUGGUGACGUACACUAGCCUUAUUGACACUGUCAUAAGGUCCACCCGCAUUCCCCCAGCUCAAAGGCUCGAGAAAGCUUUACAGCUAUACAAGGAAAUGCAAACUCUUUCCAUAACGCCUGACAGCAAAACCUACAAUACCCUUAUACAAGCUGCUGGGGAGGCAAAGGCGACAGAAAAAGCACUUGAAUUGUAUCAGUCGCUUACGAAGGUUGGUCUUUCGGCCAAUUCGUUCACAUUCGAUCUUCUGUUGAAGUGCCUCGGAAGUGGUGGAAGGCUCAAGGUAGCUUUACAAGUUUACAACGAAGCCCGAGCAGCAGGAAUUACACUUUAUACGAGUACCUACAACUUUUUGAUUGGAGCCUGCGCAACAGCUCCGCAGCCUAAUGCUGAGAGAGCAUGGGCCUUCUACGAGGAAAUGAAGAGCAAGAAUCUGAAGGUCAAUGCAUUAACAUUUAUCAACCUUAUCAGCGCUUCUAGCAAGGCUGCGGACAAUGCAGGCGUCAUGAAAGCUUUUCAGUUGAUGAAAGAGCUUGAUUAUACAAAAUCUAUCACAACUACAACAUACAAUCAAAUUCUCGAGUCUGCAAGUAUAGCAAACACCUUAGAAGAUGCUCUAAAGAUCUACUACGAGAUGAAGAAAGCUGGGUACAAGCCAAAUGUUUCUACCUACAGCAGUUUAAUUUCGGCUUGCAUUCGCAACAAAGACUUCAAGCAAGCUCAAACGUUGGAAGAAGAGGAGUUUAAGAACGUCGACGUGUCGCUAAAUCAGUCCGUCUUACACAGCCUGAUCAGAGCCUACGGCGAUGCUGACAAAUGGGAAGAUUCAGUGAGAAUUUUUCGAGAUAUGAUAAAAAAGGGAAUGCCACUGACUGAGGAAUCGUUUGCAAGUGUAUUUGAGGCUUGCUUUGGGCGCGAACAAAUCACUGCGAUGGUAGCAUCAGAAAACAAAAAGUUCGGCAUUACGCCACGAAUCGAAGCUGGAAUACAGUUGUACGAAGAGUUUGCUUUGAAGAAGCAGUUCACGAACUUUAGCAGCACAAAUCUAUCCAGGUGUGACGUGAAAACAAUGAGCCUCCCAGGAACCAUCUUUGCGGUACUCGCCUGGUUGAAAGCCGUCCGAGCGAAUCCACCCGCCGCAGAUUUAAUUGUUGUGACGGGAACCAUCAACGAGCUCGAUAACACCCCUGGGAAGCCGAAGUAUCCAAAGCGCCACACGCUUGCCAUGAGAACUAUGCGUGCGCUACGAUUGCCAGUGAUGCGUCUCAACACGCUUGCUAUGCUGACACUCACAACAAACAACGACGCCGUGCAAAGAUGGGUGAGAAAUGCCGAUCCAUUCUCAGCGACAGAAGGGGCAGCAGCGGUGGAAGAAGAUGAUCCAGCAAAUGGUUCGGAAGAAGCCGAGGAGGAAGGAAAGAUUACUCAAGAAACUGUGGGAGAAGGAGAAGCGAAUGAAGAAACUACGCCAACAACAACAAAUGGUGAAGCUGAGAGUGAUGUCGCUGAUGAUGGAGCAGUGAUCAUAGUCGAGGCAUAGGUUCUUUCGUUUCUCUUUUUUUUUUGUUCACACAGGGUGCUCGCAGCGCCCGAAUCAAAAUUGAAGUGGUGUUCUCGUGAUUUUGCGGCCUAA